AAAACACCGAGAUUUUCGGCUCAGGAUCCUACCUCCUCUAUAAAUUUCCCUCCCUUAACUCCCUACGUAACAAAUCUAUUCGUCAGUUUAAUACUAACAGCGGUGGUUGUUAGACUAAUCUAAUACUAGCGUUUAGACUUCCUUUUAGGAGUAUAUUUAGUGGGGGCUUCACUUCACAACCAACCACCGACGCUUCCAAACCGGAAGAAUUUUUCCAGAUAAAUCUCAGGUUUAAUGGAUCAAGUGGUUGCUGAUAAUAGAUUUCAACACGUUGAACUACUUCCCGCGGUUAAUGAUGACUUUGGUGGUAUCAUAGUGGAAAUGAAGGAACCCAUGGAGCCUGAAGCCUUUCGUUCUCAACUUAGAUCUUCAAUAUCACUGUGGAAGCUACAGGGAAAGAGGGGCGUUUGGAUCAAAUUGCCCAUUGCACUUGUAAAUCUUGUUGAAACUGCAGUUCAGGAAGGGUUCAGGUACCACCAUGCUGAGCCUGAUUAUCUGAUGCUGGUAUACUGGAUUCCUGAAACAGCCAAUACUCUCCCUGCAAAUGCUACACAUCGAGUAGCUGUUGGUGCUAUUGUCAUGAAUGAUAAAAGAGAGUUGCUCGUGGUCCAGGAAAAGAGCGGCAAAUUCAGAGGAACAGGUGUGUGGAAAAUCCCUACUGGAACUGUUGAUGAGGGUGAGGAUCUAUUUGCAACAGCAGUAAGAGAAGUAAAAGAAGAAACAGGAAUAGAUGCAGAGUUUGUGGAAAUUCUAGCUUUCAGGCAAUUCCACAAGUCAUUCUUUGACAAGUCGGAUUUAUUCUUUGUCUGCUUGAUGCGUCCACUAUCCUUUGACAUUCAAAAGCAAGAAUCAGAGAUUGAAGCUGCCCAGUGGAUACAAUUUGAGGAGUACGCAGCCCAACCUUUUACUCAGAAACACGGUCUUGCCAAGUACACUGCAGAGAUUUGUUUGGCAAAGUUGGAGAGAGAAUAUGUUGGAUUUUCACCGCUUCCAAUAAGGUCAUAUUUUGAUGACCGGAUAAGUUACCUUUAUUUGAACAGCCAUGAUCUCAUCAACAAGUGAAUUUCCACAAUCUGCCGUCGGAGUUAGAACUGAUGGUUAGGUCAUUGUCUCUGUAACUUUAGGUUAUAUGAUUUAGUGAUUGGGAAAUGAUAAUGCCAAAAUUGUUUUUGUUGGUGCCAAAACUCCAAUGCAUAAAAGGAUUGUACCAUGUCAAGUGUACAAGUCUUUUGUGCAUUGGAAUUUUGGCACCAACAAAAACAGUUUUGGCAUUAUCACUACCUAGUGAUUUACUAUUAGCGCCAAUCAUUCUCUUUUCCGUAGUCUAAAUAAUGUUGAAUGGGUAAAAUACAUUUCUGUACCAUCUCUUAUUGCUAAAGAACUUCAGAGAUGGCAUAGUAUUUCAAUCCUUUUAGGGACCACACUGGAUUAGGUUUGAAUUUCAAUUCCGGUGGUUAUAUUUUCUACUGAUAAGCACUAUUGAAUAA